UGGAGUUGUUAACGUUUUUGACGUUCUGACACGGUUUUUGACGUUCUUACAAGUUUUUGGCAUAUACGUGUCGGAAAUCCCUGAAUUGUGUCAUUUUCCCACCAUUGACGCUGACUGCCCGUCAACCACGCACGGUGCCGUUACUCGUGUCUUCGUUCAGCUUCGUCUUAUUUCUCAUGAGUGCAUCUUUGCGACCAGUUUUUAAUCAAAUUUUUGCCGCAUGUCGUAAUAACAAUCUAUCUAAUUGCUCUAUAAUGCCAAAGCGAUCUUUACAAAAUUCAACGAAAAUUAAGAAAAUUAAAUUAAGCAGAGAUUAUUCGCGUGACAGUGUCUCUGCAAGUUCAAAAAUUAGCCAGCCUAACCUUAAAGCAACUAAUUCUUUGCAAAAGAUUGAUUGCGAAAAAAAUCUUAAAAUGACAGUAAACCAUCCGGAUACUGAUAAAAAAGUAAAAAUAGAAAUCCAAUAUCUGGACACUCCAGACAAAUCUGAAAGUGACAAAAAAGAAUACAGAGUUAUUAAGUUGGAGAAUGGAUUGACAGCACUAUUGGUCUCUGACAUUGCCUCAAAAAUAAAUGAUAUUGACAAAGAGACAUGUACUGCUGCAACAGAUGAUGAAUAUGAAAGUAGUGAAGAUGAGUCUGGUGAUUCUGAGGAAAAUUCUAGUAGUUCACAAGAACAGAGCAAUAUUGAAGAUUUUGAAGAUGAAAUACCUACUACAAAGCCUAUGAAAAGAGAAGAGAAAAUGGCAGCUUGUAGUUUAUGUGUUGGUGUUGGGAGUUUUAGUGAUCCAUUAGAAAUUCAAGGAAUGGCUCAUUUUCUUGAACACAUGGUAUUCAUGGGUUCUGAAAGGUAUCCAGAAGAAAAUGAUUUUGAUACUUUUAUUAGAAAAUGUGGUGGAUCUGAUAAUGCAUAUACUGACUGUGAACAAACCACGUUUUACUUUGAAAUACAAGAAAAACAUUUACAGCCUGCUAUGGAUAGAUUUGCUCAAUUUUUUAUCAGUCCUCUGAUGAAAAGGGAUGCUAUUAAUAGAGAACGUGAAGCUGUUGAAAGUGAGUUCAGAAUGGCUUUACCAUCAGACUCCAACAGAAAAGAGCAAUUAUUUUGCAGCCUUGCAAGAAAGAAUCAUCCAGCUACAAAAUUUGCAUGGGGAAAUUUAACUACUUUACGUGAUAAUAUUGAUGAAGAUAAAUUGUAUUCAGAACUGCAUAAGUUUAGAAAAAGGCACUAUAGUGCCCACAGAAUGACUGUAGCAGUGCAAGCUAGAUUACCUUUAGAUACUUUAGAAGAGUACGUUAAAAAUUGUUUUUCUGACGUGCCAGUAAAUUAUCUACCAGGAGAUGACUUCAGUCAAUUUGUAGGCAAAGAUUCGUUUGAUAAUCCAGAUUUUAGAAAAUUGUAUAAAAUUAAACCUAUAAAAGACGUUUGUAAGGUAGAAUUAACGUGGGUAAUGCCUCCUUUACAUCAUUUAUACAGAAGCAAACCUCAUCAAUACGUUUCGUGGAUAAUUGGUCAUGAAGGAAAAGGUUCUUUAAUUAAUUACCUCCGAAAAAAGAUGUGGUGUUUAGAUAUUUUUUGUGGAAAUGGCGAAGGAGGAUUUGAGCACAGUUCAAUGUAUGCUCUAUUUAGUUUAUCUUUGGUACUUACAGAUGAAGGUAAUAAGCAUUUCAAACAGGUUUUGGAAGCGGUAUUUUCAUAUAUCAAUAUGUUACACCGCGAGGGUCCACAAAGAAGAAUAUUUGAUGAAAUUCAACAAAUUGAAAAAAUUGAUUUCAGGUUUACAGACGAAGAUGAUCCGGUUGAGUAUGUAGAAGCUAUGUGUGAAAAUAUGCACUUUUUCCCACCAAAAGAUUACAUAACUGGAAGUGAUUUAUACUUUGACUACAAUCCAGAAGCUAUUAAAGAUUGUAUUGACGCUCUCAAACCAGAUAAUGUGAAUAUAAUACUUUUUGAUAAUAAAUUUGACGAAGAAGAGUUUAAUCAAAUAGAGCCGUGGUUUCAAACAAAAUAUUCAAGUAGCGAUAUUCCCGAAGAAUGGAUUGAAACUUGGAAAAAGAUUGAACCUUUGCCAGAAUUUCAUUUACCUAAUCCAAAUAUGUUUAUUACUGAUGAUUUCAGUCUAAUUGAAUUACCAACUGAAAUAUCAAGUUAUCCAGUGAAGAUUCAUCAUGAUGAUAUAGUUGAAAUAUGGUAUAGGCCCGAUCCUAAAUUUCGUCUUCCCGAAUGUUAUAUGUAUUUGCAUUUAAUGACUCCAGUAGCUACUGAAUCGCCUAAAUCGUCUUCUAUGUUAAAUAUUUUUACAGCGUUGUUGAAACAAUUAGUUGUAGAAGAUUUAUAUGAUGCUACAGCUGCUGAAUUAAACUAUCAAAUAUAUACUCAUGAAAAAGGUAUUAUUAUCAAAGUCAAUGGCUUCAACCAAAAGUUACCUCUGUUAAUAAGUACAAUAUUGGAAUACUUAGCUGAUUGUUACAAAUUAGUUUCUGAAGAUUUAUUUAAUGUUAUGAAAAAAGAGCAACUGAAAACGUACUACAAUACAUUUUUAAAACCUGGGAAGCUUAAUAAGGAAGUUCGAUUAUCUAUUUUAACGUCGGAUAUAUGGACAUCAACUGAAAGACAUGCUGCUGCCGCAGAAGUAACUUUUGAUACAUUCAUUGAUUUUUCUAAGCAUUUAACUGAUCGUAUGUUUAUACAAUGUCUUGUGCAAGGCAAUAUGACACAAGAUCUUGUAUUGGAAAGUAUUUUCAAAAGUAUUGAACCUUUACAUUGCGGGAUACUUUCCGCAGCUGAUCGUCCUCAUAUAAAAGUACACGAGCUUCCACGUGGAAUUAAAUGUUGCCGUGUGAAAAAUUUCAAUCAAAUGGACGUGAAUUCCGUUGUAACGAACUAUUAUCAAUCUGGUCUUGAGUCUAUAAAACAAGCUGUAAUUAUUCAGCUUUUGAUGUUAAUUAUGGAAGAGCCGUUAUUCAAUCAACUUCGAACUCAAGAACAUUUAGGUUAUAUCGUCUAUUGUUUAUUUAAUGAUACUUUUGGGGUUUAUGGCUUUUCAACUGCUUUAUGCACACAAGCUAAUAAAUUUACAACAGAAUACAUUGAUGAGCGGAUUGAGCAAUUUAUUCAAGAUUUUAAAAAGACUUUGAAUGAAAUGGCAGAGGAUGACUACAGCUUUGUAAGAGAAUCUCUUAUCAAACUAAAGCAAUGUACUGACGUACAUUUGAAAGAAGAAAUCAACAGGAAUUGGACUGAAGUGAUCCGUGAAAAUUACGUUUUUGAUAGAAAUAAUCAAGAGAUUUCUGCUAUAAAAGAACUACUUCUCAGCGAAAUUUGUCAGUGGAUUGAUGAUCAUAGUAUUGGGGGCAAAAACUUGAAAAAGUUGACAGUUCAAGUUGUGGGAAUUAAUGAUCCCGAUGCAAAAGUUGAUAAAAAAAAAGAAAAUGAUGAUAAUACGGAUCUUGGCAUUGUAAAAUAUAAUUUAUCAUUUCUAAAGGAUGAGAAUGAUAUAAAGAAAAAGCCUGCAGACUAUUUUAUCACUGAUAUUACGGAGUACAAAAAUGAAUUGUCUUUUUAUCCUACUAGUUCUAAUUUAUGACCUAUAUAAAUUUUGAAAUUCAAUAGAGAAAUUCUUUAUUAAAAAUGUUUUAUACUUGAAGUUUCUAGCUAAUUUGUUAAAAACAAUAUUAAAUCAUCUCUUUCAUUUUACAUUUGAGACGUUCGCUUCAAUUCUCGAUCUGAGCAUACGUAAAUAUUGUAUAUGCGGCGAUAGUAUCCUAUGCGCAUAAUGUUUAUUAAUUGCAAUGCCCAAUAUAAAAAAAUGCUAUUUAAUAGAUUUUUAUCAAUGAUGAGAUGUAAUUUCGAUAUAAACCUCCAAUUUUAAUUAUGAAUAAUAAAUAAU